CCCGUCCCCAGUAAUUGACCAUUUAAAAAAGUAACAGCGGGGAAUAUAAAAUGCCCCUAUCAUCAUCUGAAUCUCUGUUGACAUGGUACAACAUGGAGUAUACUUCUAUCCCAUCCAUUAUGACGCAAAAAGAAACCCACCCCAGAGUGGACCACAUCAAAUCCCCCAAAAUCUUCCCCGUCCUGAACGGUAAAGUAUCCCUGGUAACAGGCGGCGCACAGGGAAUCGGAAAAGCCAUCGCGGAGGUAUUCCUCAAAGCCGGCGCCAUCGUCGUGAUAGCCGAUAUCCAGGAAACGACGGCACAAAAGACAGUGAAGGAAUUGCAAAGUCUAGGCGAGGUCUCGUUUUGCAAGGCUGAUAUUUCAAACCCCAAUGAUGUGAAGAAUAUGAUUGCGUAUAUAACGACGAAAUACGGACGGUUGGAUAUCGCUGUGAACAACGCAGCCCUGACACCAGACAAGACACCGUUUGUUGAUUUCGACGUCGAGUAUUGGAAGAAAACGAUCGAUAUCAACCUGACUGGGACAGCGUUAUGCUGUAAACAUGAACUGCAGCAGAUGAUAGCACAGAAAACGCCCGGGUCGAUUGUGAAUAUCGCUUCGAUUAAUGCGUUCAAGGUCCAGCCGAAUAUGCCUGCUUACACGGCGGCUAAACAUGCGGUUUUGGGGUUGACCAAGCAUGCGGCUAUGGAAGGGGGUCCGUAUGGGAUUCGGGUUAAUGCGAUUGCUCCUGGGCCUAUCUUGGUAUGAUCAAUCACCUCAUGCCAUCAGCAAGUCAAAUUAGUUGCUAAUUAUGCACAGACUGAGAUGGCAGCAGCUGCGUUGAAGAUAAUGGGAACGACCCACGAAGAGUUUGCGUCGAGUGUUUGUCAUUUGAAGCGGUUUGGACAACCACAUGAAGUUGCCCAGGGCUGUCUUUGGCUUUCGUCGAAUGGGGCGUCGUUUGUCACUGGGACUUGUGUGCCGGUUGAUGGAGGGGUUCUGGCCAAGAUGUGAUAACAUGCUUUAAGAAAGAUCAACCUCUCUGACGGAUUUGAAAGUGUUCCUGCUUGAAUAAGAUGUCUUCAAGACUAUGAACGAUAAAUAAGAUGAACCAACCUGGAACCCAUGGCCGAUUCUUAGCCCCGUAAUGGCUUGUCAGCUUUCG